AUGAUUGAUUUGGGUUAUUCUGGACCUAAAUUUACAUGGAAUAAUAAGAGAGUCUAUGCAAGGUUAGAUCGAGCUAUUUGUAAUAUGCAAUGGAGAAGGUUAUUUCCUAAGGCUAAUGUUCAACAUUUGCCUAGGACUACUUCUGAUCACAAUCCAAUUAAGAUUAAGUUGAGCUCCCGUUUUGUUGUUUCUCCGCACUUAAGGCCUUUUAGGUUUGAAGCAAUGUGGAUGCAACAUGAACAAUUUAAUAAGUUUAUUUCUGAUGUUUGGGGACAAGCUGCUGGAUCAGCCUUGGAUAAAACUUAUCAGUUGGUUCAGCCUCUAAAAGAUUGGAAUGUUAAUGUUUUUGGACAUCUUAAGAAACGGAAGGCCUGUUUGUUGGCCUAUCUUAAUGGUAUUCAAAAAGCUUUGUGCAGGGGCUCAAAUACUUUUUUUAGUAAAUUGGAAAUUUCUUUGAUUGAGGAGUAUAAUUGUGUGCUGGAGCAAGAGGCUAUGUUAUGGAAACAAAAAUCCAGAUUACAGUGGCUUCAGGAAGGUGAUCGAAACACCAAAUUCUUUCGUCUUAUUACUAUUAUUAGGCGGCGGAGGAAUAAAAUAGAGAGAUUAAAGAAUAAUGAGGGGGUUUGGGUUGAGGAAGCUCAAGACAUUAAAGGCUUGGCUAUAGCGUAUUUUGAGCAGUUGUUUUCUCAAGAGAUUGUGAAGCACAGAGACCUGACAUUACCUAUGUUGUUCCCUGUUAUUGAUUCGGUUGAUUUGGAGUUGCUUGAGAAGGAUGUUGAUAUGGCUAAGAUUAAGCGAAGUUUGUUUGGGAUUGGAGGUUUGAAAGCUCUUGGUGUAUAUGGGUUUCCAGCUUGUUUCUAUCAAGCUAAAUUGAAUAAUUGUGCUGAUGAUAUUUUUGCAUUGGUGACUCAAGCUUUCCAGAAGUGCAGCAUCCCUGACAAGCUGAAUUACACUUUAAUAACUUUGGCGCCUAAAGUGCAAAGCCCCCAGUCUAUGGUUCAGUUUAGGCCUAUAAGCUUAUGCUCUACUCUGCACAAGGUCAUUUCUAAAAUCCUUGUGGCUCGGUUGAGGCCUAUUCUUCCUGAUCUUAUAAGUCCCAACCAAGGAAAAAAAAGGUUUGUCGCUUGGAAAAUAGACCUCUCUAAGGCCUAUGACAGGUUGAGUUGGCAUUUUGUUGAGUAUGUGCUUCUUGAAUUAAGGUUGUCUGCUCCAUUUGUUAAGUUGAUAAUGAAUUGUGUUCAAUCUGUGAGAUAUCAGAUUAAUGUGAAUGGGGAAUUGACUGCUCCUUUUAGUCCAAUGAAUGGUAUUAGACAGGGAGAUCCCUUAUCUCCCUACCUCUUUGUUCUAUGUAUUGAAAAACUCUCUCAUAUUAUAUGUGAUGCUGUCAGUAAGAAGAAGUGGCGGCCUGUGAAAUCUUCUCAGUCUAGCCCUGCGAUCUCCCACCCUUUUUUUGUUGAUGAUCUGGUGUUGUUUGCGGAGGCUAGUGCUAACCAAGCUAAAAUUGUGAAGAGUUGUCUGGAUUUGUUUUGCUCUGCUUCUAGACAAGUAGUCAAUUUUGAAAAGUCUGCUGUCUUCUGCUCUCAUAACACUUGUAAUGAGGUUGCUAAAGAGAUAAGUUUGAUUUGUGGCUCUCCUCUCACUAAUGACCUUGGUAAGUAUCUAGGAAUGCCUCUUUUGCAUUCUAGAAUCGGAAAGCACACUUAUAGUUCUUUAGUUGAUAAGGUGCAUAAUCGACUGGCAGCUUGGAAGAGUAAGCUCCUAUCAUUAGUUGGAAGAGCUACUUUAAUUCAAGCGGUUAUAGCUUUUAUCCCUGUUUAUGCUAUACAAACUACUAAACUUCCUGUUAGUGUCUGUAAUGAUUUAGAUCGGCUCAACCGUAAUUUUUUCUGGGGUAGCAGUGAGAAGAAAAAUAAGAUCCAUCUUUGUCAAUGGGAUUUGGCUUGUAGGCCUAAAGGUAAAGGAGGUUUGGGGUUUAAGAAGACUGCUAGUAUGAAUCAGGCUCUGCUUGCUAAGAUUGGGUGGAGAUUGCAUUCUAAGGACAAUGGUUUGCUCCACUACUUUGAGGAGUAUUAUACAUGGUAUUCAAUUGCUUAUGCAAGGGAUGUGUUGGAGAAUAGGUCGGGAAACAUUGUAAAAUUCUGGGAGGAUAAUUGGGUUACUGAUGUCCAUUUAAGGCAGCAGGCUGGAGUUCUCACCAUCCAUGAUAGCAAUUGUUCUCAUGUUCGAAGGCAGUUGGCGUAUAACCCUUCAUGUGGCUUUUGUUCUUGGCCUACUGAAACUGUUCUUCACAUUCUUCGUGAUUGUGAGCGAGCUCGAUCUACGUGGAAUGUUAUUCUCCCUGCCUAUGCUCAUCAUUUUUUCCAUUUAGAUGCUCAGCCUUGGAUGAAGGUCAACGUGCUCUCUAAGGAGAAAUGGAAUGGUGAUGUUCCUUUAGGUACUAAUGAGGAUACAGUCCUCUUUAGUCUAAGACAAGUUGUUUGUAGGGCUGCCCAAGAGUGGAUUAAGUCAACUUCUAAUCGCACUGUAAGGGUAAAUAAAGUUCAAAUUCAUGUUGCCUGGGAGCCUCCUGGGCCUGGACAGUUCAAACUAAAUGUGGAUGGUUCAAGGAGAAGCGUUACUGGCUACAUUUGUGCUGGAGGAGUCAUUCGUGACCCUUUUGGUGGCUGGUUGGCAAUUGAGAAAGGCAUCAGUAGUCUCAUUAUUGAGAUGGAUUCAGCUAUUGCAGUCAAUCUCUGUCAGAAUUCUUCCAUGCUUACUCUGCAUCCUUUAGCUGCUUUGGCUCCUAGUCGGUUAAAUGAUUAUCUUGUUGAUGAUCUGCUUGGAAUUGUUCAUUCUAGAUUGGUCUGUUUAGACCAGGUUGUGUAG